GCGGCAGUCAUGGCUGACUAUAUGCAACAGAAGAACGAUCACAAUCAGAGUGCAUUCAAUGCAAAGGGCGAGGCUGGUGCCACCAACCCGCCUUCGUACGAUUAUAUUACGGGAGGCUCAAACAAAAAUCAGCCUGCAGGCCCAGGUUAUCCUAGGCAGGGUCCUUACAUGCCUGCUCCAAGUAAUGCACAGUGCUACCAGCCGCCAGCAUCAGGCGGAUUCGUGAGUGCACCGCUCCCGCCUGACCAUCCUGAGUACAUCUGUAUGCAAGAAGGUCGCCACAUCCGUUCAACCCGCUUUGGAUGUCUUGGUGUUCUCGCAGCAAUUAUCUGGUUCCCGAUUGGUAUUGCUUGUUGUUUGCUGGACCGCCGUGUUGUAUGCAAGCGUUGCGGACGAGUGCUUGACGAUGGAUUCUCAUGCUGAGGUGUACCAUAUUUUUCUCGUGCCAUAUUGUAUAGUAAAUGCUUCCGAGGCCGCGAUUGUCGAGUUUCCCUGGACUGUUUCUGGAUUCCUUUCCUUUCCUUUUUUCGUUUUGCUCUGUCGCUGUUGUUGUCUCCUUACUUCUUUUCUCUACUUUACUUCAGGGCUGUAUCACUGUACUCCUUCAUCUUGUUCGCUGGCUCAUUGCUUCUGAAGAGGUCUACAAUCUCGCAGAUAUUUGGCAACAACAUCCUGGUUUUCGUUGGGUGCGAUUGGUUGCAUGGGCACGUCAACGAGUGAUUGAAGCGAUCUCAAAUGUACGAGUCGUGUUUAUUGGAAUUUGACUGUCAUAUUCAUCUGUGGAUGAGGUAUUACGAGAAAGUUGUAAACAGCAUAUUAUUUAUUACUUCAAAC